AUGCCACUCUGCGGCGGCAAGAAAGUGGUGCAGCGCAAGCUCGUCCUUUUGGGCGACGGUGCAUGUGGAAAGACGAGUUUGCUCAAUGUCUUUACCCGAGGCUUCUUUCCUACCGUCUACGAACCGACCGUAUUCGAGAACUACGUACACGAUAUCUUCGUGGAUAACAUUCACAUGGAACUCUCGCUCUGGGACACUGCGGGCCAAGAAGAAUUCGACCGGCUGCGGUCGCUAAGCUAUGACGAUACACAGGCCAUCAUGCUCUGUUUCAGUGUUGACAGCCACGGCUCAUUAGAAAACGUGGGCACGAAAUGGAUCCAAGAAAUCAACGAACACUGUCCCGGCGUCAAGAUCGUGCUGUGCGCAUUAAAGUGCGAUCUGCGAGAAGAGCAAGAGAAAGAAGAUGACGUCGAAGACAACACCACCAACAAUACUGCGACCGAUGUCGAUGCCGCGACUUCCGCGGGCAACAUGAUCCAAUACAACGAAGGACUAGAAGUCGCACGGAAAAUCGGCGCUUUGAGAUAUCUCGGUACGUUCUUUUUGUGUGCUCUAACCGGGGAUUCGAAAGCGCUUCUUACUGACUCGAUCGGGGUAGAAUGUUCGGCGAUGCGGAAUCGAGGCGUCAAUGAAGCGUUCACGGAAGCGGCCAGAGUGGCUUUGCAGGUCAAGACGAGCAGCUCGCAGGACGACUCGAAAUGUUCGGUGAUGUGA